AUGCCGUCAGAAUUCCAUAGAGUACCUUCAUGGCCUUUCUUUGAGGUCGUGAACGAUCCUGUUGGUGGUGUUAUGGGGUCUUGUCCCAAUUCGGAUUUCUACAUUGGAGGAGAUGAAUUUUGUUCACCCUUCACCAGUACAGAGGACUCCUCUCAGUCUCUAUCCUCCUCUUACUUGCCCUCCGAGUUUUCGCCGAAUCUCGGUGAGAUUCAUAGCUCCAAGAUUAGCGAAUUGGAGACUCUUGAAGCUAUCCUGAUGGAGAUCGAUGGGUUCGAGCCAAUCUCAAGCUGCAAUGAUAAGGGAUGGACCGCUAGCCCCAGUAUCGGUAACGAUGUCUCAUCAGUCCAACCGACUUUAAUCCUGCCAUUCGAGGGAAUGGAGGUCGAUAAUAAACUCGGCCUCCCUCAUCUCCUUAAGGCAUAUGGAGAGGCCAUGGAAAGCGAGCAGAGCAAGCUCCUCGAUGUGAUCUCCGGAUGCAUCAGCGAGAGAGCAAACCCACUUGGUAACGCGAUGGAUCGCCUUACCUUCUACAUGUUGGACAGAAAACAAGACCUUAAUUACAUAAAACAAGAGGCUUUCAAGAACUUUAAGCCUGCAUCAAAUGCAAUAUACCAAAUAUCCCCCCAUGGGAGAUUUGCCCAUUUUGCGGCAAAUUCAACGAUUCUCGAAUCCAUCCCCAAACACAUCGAGGCCGUGCAUGCCAUAGACUUUGACAUGGGAGAUGCGUUCCAAUGGUGGGCAUUCAUUGAAUCCAUGGCAAUGGAGAGGAGACGUGUAGCUCUAAGGAUAACUUCGAUGAAAUGGGAUGAUGAGGACAGUUUGAUCGGAUUUGAGGAGGCGAAGAGGAGGCUUCAAGAGCAAGCAAAGGCUCUUGGUGUGGAGUUGGUGGUGGAAGAGAUGAGGAUUGAUGCGUUAGUGAGUGAGAUGAACAGACUAAGCAAAAGAGGAGGUAAUAAUAAUGGUAUGAGAUCACAAUGGAUGGUCUUCAAUGUAAUGCAGGGUCUUCCACACAUGGGAAGGAGGAGAAGUGAGAGGCUAGUUGGCGAGUUCUUGAGAUUGGCCAAAGAAGUGAUUGCACAUCCCGCGAUCGGAGGCAUAAUAACUUCGGGCCAAGGAGAAACUAGCUGCGAAUCGCGAAAUUGCUCGGGUUUUGGCGAGUUCUUCGAAGAGAAUAUCAAGUAUUACCAUGCAAUUUUGGAAUCAAUUGAGUCAGAUUUCCCAAGCCAGCAGCUUGUAGAGGCAAGGCUAGCUGUGGAGUCUCUUUUUGUCUCACCCUUUGUUUCUUGUCUUGACUGGUUCCAAACUUGGGAAGAAAUAAGGGAACGUUUGGAUGUUCCGUUGGGGUCUUGUUGUGUGGAUGGUUGGAGAAUAAGCCAAGCAAGUCUGAUGGAAGCCAUGAGGUUGAUCAGUGGGAAGAGGUCAUAUUCAGUGGCAAUUGGAGAAAAUGAGAACGAGAUGGUGUUGGAAUGGAAAGACUCCCACAUGCCUCUGGUCAGAUUUUCAGCUUGGGGGAAUCUCUUUAUGUUCAAAGCAAUUGUAUAG